AUGGUAGAUUAUUUUAUAGCGGCCACACCGGCUAGGGGUGGCGGGAGAAUUCGUUACAGGAAACGGGACUCUGAGGGGGAGGGGCGAGGGAGGGGGCGGGAGCGAGGGGGGACUGCGGCUAGGAGACCGCUGGAGCGACAGUGGCUCGUCGACCGCGGGAUAGGACGGACACUCAUCACUGAUAGUUUCAAAAUAAAUUCCGGCAACAACGCCACUAAACGCAAACAGGACGAAGCGUUGACUAAGAACUACAGGAUCAAAAUGAAUCCACACUCGUUGGACUUCAAGAAGUCACCGAUGUCACCUAUCAACACACCGAAACGACGGAUCCUCGGAGAGAUUCAGAGCUCACCGUUAUUCAAACCCAAAGACUCACCGACUAUUGAAAGGCUGAAGAAAACUCCCAUACAAUCACCUAGAUCGGAUAGAUCACCUUUGACGAGCAGAUUCAAUAGAUCGAAUAAAAUUACAAGGAUAUUCGAAGAGAGAUCUAAAUUCAAGAUGUCAAAUAAAGAAAAUUUCAGCGAGACCUUCAUUAAACUUGAUGUUGAGGAAGAAACUAGAUGUUCCUUUGAGAACUUUCCAUCUUGCUCGAAGACCAUGUCUCAUUGGUCAAUGGCUAAGUUGGAUUUCACCGAUGCUCUGCCGAACAAGUUCGAUACACCACAAAAAGAGAAUAUAUAUGUGCCCGAGAAAGAUGUUGAAUUAGAAACAGAUUUCGACACCUUACAUGAUUUAGAAGAGGAAUUUGACUCCCAGAACUUCGAUACAUGCACGAAAUAUGAAAUAAUAUCCACAGAAAGUCCGGAUAUAAUAUCAAACGGUCGUAGAAAUACUAGAAAGAUCACAUCGAGGAACUUCUGCUUCGGUGCACCGUUAUCAGACAAUGAGCAAUCAACAUCAUUCAACAAACCGAAUGAAAAAGCAACACGAAUGCUCAACUUUGAGGACGAGAGCUUCGAAUUUACAUCACCAGCGGCCAAAAGAACUAAUAUGUCAGUCAAAAAAUCAUUAAAAUUCAACGAAACACCUACAAAAAACUUAUUAAGACACGAAAAGAGUGAUUCAAGUAUCGGAUCUAUGUCUUCACCGGUAUCUACUAAACUAAGGAUAUAUCCUUCGGAAUCAACUACAUCUAUGGAAAGUGGAUUUAUAUCAGAAUUAGAAGAACCAUUCUUGGAUAUCGAUGAGAUAUCAAACUCACCGAAAAUGGCAAAUUUCAAUGAACUUAUAUCUGGAACUAUCAAAGAGAGCUUCGAAGUCAAAGAAUUUAACCUACGGAGACCGUUACAAAGAAGUUUAAGUUUCAAUCCGACUAAAGCAAAGGUUUCCUUAUUUUCUAUCGAUGAAAGUCCAAAAAAGAGUAACAAAAGGUGUGAUAGGGAAGAUGAUAUUGUUUGUAACAAGAGAAGGAAAUCUAAUUGUGAAGAACAAAAUGUAGAACAAAAGAUUCAACGACCAGUUUUACAGAGAGCCUUCUCGGAGAACAAUGCAUCUAUUAUGUCUGCGUUGGCAAGAUCUGUGGUCGAUCCAGAUUUAAUCGGUGACUUCUCCCAGCCCUUCGCACUCCCACUCACAAGCGGUGACCACACCGACCUCAAAUCAGUUUCAUGUGAAACAUUAGCAGCCUUGCUUCGAGGAGAAUAUGAUGAUAGCAUCGGUGAAUUUAAGGUAAUAGAUUGCCGUUAUCCAUAUGAGUAUGAAGGUGGCCACAUACUCGGAGCAUUGAAUCUAUACACACAAGAACAAAUCCUAUCUCUCAUGAACGAGCCGUUGAAAGCUAAAGGAACUAAACGGAAUAUUUUGGUCUUCCAUUGUGAAUUUUCUUUAGAGAGAGGACCUAAAUUAUCCAGAUUUCUCCGUUCAUCAGAUAGAGCUAAGAACAAAGAACAUUAUCCUUGCUUGGACUAUCCCGAGGUAUAUUUACUUCACGAGGGCUACAGAGCCUUCUAUCAACGCUUCCCGGAUAUGUGCACUCCGACCGGAUAUACCGCCAUGUUGGAUCCCCAGCACAGGCAUCUAUUGAGGAAGCACAGAUCCUUACAGCCAUCAACAUCCGGUCACAGGCGGAACCGUCUACUUCUAUAA